AUGGUUUACAUCAAUGAAUUAAUAGGAGACUUCGGGAGAUAUCAUUUCUGGCUAUGUUUUAUUGUGUUUUUGAGCAGAUUCAAUGUGUCGUUCCACCAAUUGGCAAUCAUAUUUCUAACGGCUCCAGUUGAGCACUACUGUCCAGGAACAAACAAUACAUGUUGUAACGAUCCCGUGUUCAAUACGACUGUAUUCAAAAGAACUAUAAUUACUGAAUGGAACUUGAUAUGCGAAAGUGAUUGGUUCAAAGAUUUAACUCAAACAAUUUUUCAAUUUGGCGUAUUUUGCGGAAGUCUGUUAUUUGGAAUUACCUCUGACAUUUAUGGGAGAAGACCAACUUUGAUAGCAUCGAUAAUAAUAGAAAUAUUUGCCGGCAUCAUGUCAUCAUUUUUACCAGAUUUUUGGAGCUUUUCCUUCGCCAGAUGGGUGGUUGGUAUUGCUAAUGGUGGUUGUAUAAUCAUAGCAUUCGUGAUCGUGAUGGAAUAUGUUGGUAGCGGCAAAAGAGAUAUAGUGUCCAUAUUGAUUCACAUACCGUUCACGAUUGGCAACAUGGUAGUGGCGGGAAUUGGAUACCUGAUAAGAGAUUACUCGUAUUUUCUACUCUUCAUAUCAGUCUCAAACGUCAUAUUAUUGUUUUACAUUUGUUUAAUACCAGAAAGCCCAAGAUGGUUAUUAGUUGUUAAUAAAACAGAAGAAGCCAUUUUAUUAAUGGAAAAGGUCGCAAAAAUUAAUAAAUUGCCUACGGAACACAUAAGAAGGAAAAUGGAAUUUUAUCAAUUAGAGCACAGAACUUCGAAACCGCAAAGUACUGCUUUAGACCUGUUCCGUACUCCAAACCUGAGAAGAAACAUUACUGUAAUGUCGUUUAUCUGGCUCAUUGCAGCUACUGCUUCUAUGGAGUUUCUUUUUACAUCAGUCACCUGACAGGCGAUAUAUUUAUAAAUGUCUUGGCCUCCGGAGGCGUUUGUACCUGUGCAACUAUUAUUAGCAUACCUCUAAUCAACUUUUCCAAACGCAAAACUGUUGUGAUCUUGGGAAACGUUAUAUGCAGUUUGUGUUUACUUGCAAUAGGUUUUGUUCCGGAAGGCAAAGUGUCUUUGGUUGUCGGAUGCUUAGGAGAAAUGCAGUGUUACAUUAUCUUCAUUGUGAUUUAUUUGUAUGGUUCCGAAAUGUUUCCCACGGUAGUUCGUAAUGCGGCUAUUGGUAUAUGUUCCAUGAUGGCUCGAGUAGGAGCUAUGAUCGCACCCUUUGCUGCUAACUUAAGACCCUAUGGAAAAUGGUGUUCGCCAGUUGCAUUUGGUAUUUUUCCAAUGAUAUCGGCAUUACUUUGUUUACUAUUUUUACCUGAAACAAAAGAUUGUGAACUGUUGAUGACAAUAGAUGAAGCAGAGGCUGUAGGAAACAACAUGGAAGUUCCAAGACUAGACAAUGAUCUUGAUAUCGAAGAAAGCGAAGUUUGA